GGGAUUUUUAUGAAAUGGUAGUGUAUUCUUUAAAUUUGAAAUAAGAAUUCGCGAUAAAUCUUAGCGGGAAUCUCCAAUUAGUUAGUGCAGUUUGGAGCACUCUUUGACUGUAAAAUUGGUCGUUUGAAAGCACAGAUGAGCAUCGUUUUGUGUACACCCUGUUUAACAAAUUAUUUGCACUGCCUGCAUUCAGAAACUUUUCUUUGAAGACAUUUAGGAGGACUCCGCAUUUUGUAUUGACAAUGAAUCCCCUUCUGGGCAAUAAUUCUCAGGCAAUGAUGGGAUUUCAGCACCAUUAUGGAAAUAUGAAUGCUGGAAACUACUCGCAAAUGAACGUUCUUCCCAACUCAGCGCAGAGAUCGUCCUUCGCAAUACAUGAAAUUCUUGGACUUAACUCUCCUCCUUGUCGACAAAAUCCGAGUCCAGAUAUUUUGGACAAUUUAGGGAUUUGUUCCUCAAACUCUAUGUACCAUUCGGGAGUGAAUGGCACGGGAAUGAACCCGGUAUACGCCGCAGAACCCCAGCAUCCGAACUACUUCCGGGACGUUCCUCAGUCUCAGAAUAACACUUUUUGUCCUUGGAGAUUUGAUUCCGUCAACCAGACGACUCCAAACUGUCUACCUUCUAUUCCCAGCAAUGUCUCAAGAUGCCAAGAAACCGUCGGUUAUGGACUCAAAGCCCCGUCAGAAGAAACCCCGCUCCGUCCAGAGUGUGCACACCAAGACAAACUAACAGACAACUCGUCCAUCUGCAAGAAACAGAAGAAACGAAGACGACACAGAACAAUAUUCACAAGCUACCAAGUUGAGGAACUGGAAAAGACCUUCAAAGAGGCCCAUUAUCCAGAUUUAUACGCUCGAGAAGUCCUGGCGUUAAAGAUUGACCUUCCGGAGGACAGAAUUCAGGUUUGGUUUCAAAACCGUCGGGCCAAAUGGAGAAAAACUGAGAAAACAUGGGGGAAAAGCAGUAUCAUGGCGGAGUAUGGACUGUAUGGAGCAAUGGUACGACACGCACUUCCGCUUCCGGAGUGUAUUAUACAGAGUGCUGAUAAAGGCAUUGAUAAAUCGUCCGCACCAUGGCUUCUAGGAAUGCACAAGAAAUCUUUGGAGGCAUCGAAGAAAAUGCGUGAAGAAGAAGGAAGCGUGGAGGGAGGAGACUUGAACAAUCGAGUGAAAGAGGAAAUUCGGUCGGAGAGUAUCGCAGCUCUACGAGCUAAGGCUCAGCAACAUAGUGCGAAAUUGUUAGAGAGUAUAGAGAAGGACCCCAAAAGUUACGACGAGUCCAGCAAUAACUCAUUUGACAGCUCCUUUUUCUCAGAUGCCGGUGAUGGUACAUCAGAUAUGUCAAGAAAUUGAAACAGGCAUUUCUAUCAAAUGUGGAUAUGUGUUAGA